AUGAAGCAUAUGGCUGGAUUAUUGCCUAAUGAAGCCAACAGUGAUGUUAUUCUAGUAGUAGGAGGUUGUGGAAUAGGUCAACUCUUCCAUUCAUUCUUUGCUGUUCCAUUCCUACCAAUAUCUGACAUUAUCUCCAUAAAUCAUGUGUAUGGUUAUGUUAUCAAUGAGAACAGGUGGACAGAGUUAGCUCCUCUUCCAUUCUCAAUGCGGCGACCCCUAGUGGCAUUCUGUAACAACACAAACAGUCUGUAUGUAUAUGAUGCAAGCGCUGGUAAUAUAAUUGAUGACAAUGAAUAUUUCAUGUUUAAAUAUUGCGUCACUGAGAAGUCUUGGACAACAAUACACAUGACUCUUCCUGAACCGUUUCGUGACAUUACAAUCCAGCAUAUUCUGAUGGUAAAUAACAGACUGUACAUCAUAGAUUCGGUAAGAUCUGUUGGAGCAAAGAGCGGGACCGAACCACAGUGGAUGGUUUAUUUGUUCAGUGUAUCAAAAGAUCGGCAGAACUGCAAUGUUGUGAUUCCACUCUGCGCUAGAAAUAUGAAAACUGAAGUAUCAACAUGCAUUGUAGAGGAUAGAUAUAUUGCUGUGCUUUGCUCAAAAUGUGGUGUGCAAGGGUCUAGUCGUCACAAAACAAGGAACGUCAGAUUCUUUUUAAUGGACACAAGAACUAUUAAACAGCAAGAGCAUUCUAGAGGUGUGAAACAUGAGCCUUACAUGUUUGCCAUCAAGAACGAAGUAUUGCUAACGAAACAAGGUUGUUACCGGUAUCAGAAAUUUGACAUCAACACACGGAGGUGGACAUCUGGUAAGGACAUUUUUAUUCCACUACCACUGGAAGAACCGUCUAGAUCCGACUUCAUAUAUUCGACUUACCAGAAUGAACUUUUUGUGUUUGGAGGAAAGAGUGGCAAAAGUUUGCUCACUAGCGCGUGUAAAUAUGACCUUGAACAUAGAAAGUGGGAAACCCUCCAGGAUGCACCAAAGGCAAUUACAAACAGUGGGGUUGUUGUGGCCACGAUCCCAUCCCAUCUUGUAAGAUGUCAUAUCGAUUGUCCCCAUUGUAAGUUUGUAAGCGUUCGGAGCCAGGCAACUUACCAGAUUGACUAUCCAGAUGACGAUCAAGAAGAGGAUGAAGACCUGUCAUAUGACGAUGAGGACGUAUACUCGGAUUAUUGGGAGAACGAAAUGUAUGACGAAUAUGGGAACAUUCCAGAUUUUGACUGGUUCUGA